AUGCUUGACAUCACAGGCGAACGCGACGGUCCACCGACAAGGCCAGGUCUUGGCCUUACUGACAUGAGCACUGGUCUAUAUCUGCACGGUGCAAUUAUCGCUGCUCUCUAUUCUCGCAGAGAGACCGGACAAGGUCAGAAGAUUGAUGCGUCUUUGUUUGAAAGCCAAGUGUCCUUGCUUUCCAAUGUCGCCAUGUCAUGGCUCAAUGUGGGCGAACGAGCGGCCCGUUGGGGCACAGAGCAUCCAAGCAUUGUUCCAUAUCAAGCAUUUGAGACAGAAGACGGCUACUUGGUUCUUGGUGCUACCAAUAAUCGCCAAUUUCGAGUCCUUUGCCAGUUGAUAGGGAAAUCGGAACUGGCAACUGACCCACGCUUUGUGGACAAUAGCUCACGGGUUCAAAACAGAGCUGAAUUGAAGGCAACGUUUGAGCCAAUCCUCGGCCAAAAGACAACUCAAGGGUGGCUGGCUAUUCUAGAGGGGAGUGGAAUGCCCUAUGGCCCUAUCAACACUAUCGAACAAGUCUUCUCGCACCCACAGACUGCCGCCACGGAGAUGGUCCAAACUUUUCCUCAUAAGGCCGCUAUUUCAGGCAGAAUCAAAGUACUAGGUUUGUUUUACUUCUUGAAGCGCCCAGCAGCUUUUGCUGACCAGCCAUUCAGGGGUUCCUGUGAAGUUCAGCGAGACAAAGCCCACAAUUCGACAUCCUCCGCCAAGGCUAGGAGAGCACACGGAUAUCACUUUGAAAAGAAUGGGAUUCUCGCUCAAUAA